AGUUACUAAUCCAAACUAGUAACGUCGAUGUGGCUGGCUAGCUAGAUGUAAAUAUUGACAAAUUGGAAAUUUACCACACAUGUUAUGGAGACAAGUUGUUUCUCUGAUAUUGACAAUGAGUCGGCGUCAAUUGUUGGUGAUUCUGAAGGAGAAGAAGAAAAAAAUCUUUACCUCGACAGAUUGAUGCUUGCAGAUUUGCUAGACUCGCCAUACUCCCAUAAUUUCUCCACACCACACACCAUCAAUGGCUGUACAGACGGGUUUUCUCCUCAGAUAGCGACGUUGACUUGUAGACGUUUGGAUGGCUUGGACCAAGUGCGCCUCACACCUGAAAAGAUCCAAUCCCCAUUUUUGUCAAGGAGUUCUGGGAUUCCAGAUGACGAGAAGGGAAUGGACAGUAUUAUCGCUCAAGGACAUGAUGGAGAAGACAGUGAGGGGAUGAUAGAAGAGGAUCCCUCUGAGGGGUCAGUGUCAGAGAGUCCCUCACAGCACGUUGGGAGUGGUACCUCUACCAGACGUUUGAAGAGAGCAGCGACGGUAGCUAAGACACAGGGUGGCGGUGGUUGUGACCUCUCACAGAAGGAGAUAGGUGCAGAGCCCAAGAGACAGACCAGGCUGACUGACAGUCAGACACAGGGGAGUAGACAGACCAGACCAAUGGAAGAAAUCAGACCAACCAGGCAGAACGGAGGGACCAGACAGAAUGACAACCAGGCACAGGAGAACAAACAGGAGAACAGACAGACCAGGCAGACUGACAGCCAGAAGCAGGUGACCAGCGGACCAACCAGACAGACUGACAGCCAGAAGCAGGUGACCAGCGGACCGACCAGGCAGACUGACAGCCAGAAGCAGGUGACCAGCGGACCGACCAGGCAGACUGACAGCCAGAAGCAGGUGACCAGCGGACCGACCAGGCAGACUGACAGCCAGAAGCAGGUGACCAGCGGACCGACCAGACAGACUGACAGCCAGAAGCAGGUGACCAGCGGACCGACCAGGCAGACUGACAGCCAGAAGCAGGUGACUAGCGGACCAACCAGACAGACCAGGCAGACUGACAGCCAGAAGCAGGUGACCAGCGGACCGACCAGGCAGACUGACAGCCAGAAGCAGGUGACCAGCGGACCGACCAGGCAGACUGACAGCCAGAAGCAGGAAAAUGGAGGUAAUAGUUCCACCAGCAACAAGCCAGGGACACUGAGAGGUGUGAACCAUGGUCAAUCCCAGAGCAGGCGGGGCAUCACCCGUCUGAAUGUCCUCCACCGGAAGAACCGUUACGGGGAGACUCUACUCCACAUUGCAGCCAUGCAAGGAGACACCCAGCGGAUCAGAGACAUGCUGUCGCUGAGCCCCGACAUCAACAUGGCCGACAACGCAGGUAAAACAUUAGAGGAGGGUGGUGGGCAGCAAUCUGUCACUACAGUUAGUUUCAAAUAACUUUAUAGAUACUCACACACAGUGCCUAAAAUUAACACCUGCCAAAUGCGGGUAGAUUCUGGCAUUGGCGGGUA